GUAUUUCUCUAUACACCAUGUUCAUCAAAAGGGCGCGCCCACGUCCUUCCGCCAGGGCGAGGACACGGGAGGCCGAGGACGAAGACCCAGCCGUGGGUUCGCCGCUCGCUCAGCCGAGUGCGUCAAUGGCGUCUGACGGGGCAGCCGACGAGGAAGAGGCUGGCUCUGUCCUCAACCGCGCCAAGGCGAAGAAGAAGGGCAUGAAGGGGAAGGGUGGUCGACUGAGCUUUGCAGGCGAUGAUGAGUCGGGGGAGUCUUCGACAGCGUUCAAGCAGAAGAAGUCGCUGCUCUCUCAGGCGCUACGUGCAAGCACACCUAUCGCGUCCUCCCCAGGCGCCGCUGCGGCGGCCUCCCCUCAGUCUUACUCGGCCGAUUAUCUUUCGGAGCUGAAGGCGGCGACGCCAACGCGUGCUCCAACAGCAGAAGAGAGCGGCUCAGGUCACGUCAGCCUUGCAGCAAGGGAAAAGUACGCCACAGAGAUCGACGCGGACAGCGCGGCCGGCAUUCCCGACCCAGCGGCUAUUGCAGCGGCGAAGAAUCGGCGCAAGGCGGCGGUUCACGCCCGGCGACACGGUAUAGAGCCCGGGGAAGACUACAUCUCGCUCGGCAAGGAGCCCCACCCAGAGUCCCGCCUCAUGCGCGAGGAGGACGAAGGCGAGGAAGGUGACGAGGGACUCGCAGACUACACUGGGGUCAACGAUCGGCUUUAUCUUGGCAAAAGCGCAAACAAGCGGGCGGCGCAACGGUUGAAGGGCGAGAUUGGCGAGCUGAUUGAGGACCGUGAGAUGGACAGCGAGUCGGACGAGGAGACCCGCGAGUGGGAGCGUACGCUUGUCGAACGUGGUGGUGUACAGCCUGCUCCGGUGAGGCUGCCGAAGGAGAAAGUCAAGACGGCAGGAUACAUCCCAACACCAAUCCCGGCGUCUCGACCGGUGCCGACCAUUGGCUCGGCAACCGCGAGGAUAGCGGAGCGUAUGGCGGCGCUCAAGGCUACAAAAGACGAAAACGAGCGCAACCUCGAGAAUGCGACACGUGAGCUCGUUCUCCUUGAGGAACAGGAACGUGACAUUCGUAAACAGGUCGAGUCGACUGAGGGCAAGCGGGCUUGGGUCGAGGAGUUCCAGGGAUGGGUGGAGACUCUUGGCCUUUUUCUCGAGGAGAAAGUGCCCUUGCUCGACACGAUUGAGAAGGACGCAAACAGCUUCGCACGGGAACGAGCUGAGCGAAUUACUGCCCGGCGCGCAGGCGACGAUUCGGAUGACCUCGCACUUGUACUCGGUGUGGCCCCUACCCAGACGCGGCCAGAGGAGCAGAGCGCAAAUGAGAGUGCGCCAAACUCAGAGUCGCGCAAGAUGCGGCGGCAGGCGCAUGCCGAUCGUCGUGCGCGGAGGCGAGGCAUUGUUGCUGCGCCAGAUGAGGAUGGUUUCUCGACUGACGACGACCUAGACGAGAGCCUCUCGGACGACUACGACGCCGCGCAGCGCGAGGUUGAGCGCCGCGUUCAUGCUCUCCUCGAAGACGUCAAGGCUGAGGAUUUGCGUGAUCCUGAGCUUGGCGUUGCCGUGCGGUUCGCCGACUGGCGGAAGCGGUACCCAGAGGAGUAUGAAGGCGCGUUUGGCGGUCUCUCGCUCGUUCAGGCGUGGGAGUUCUGGGCGCGUGGCGAGAUGGUUGGAUGGGACCCAGUGCGGAGUGACACAACUCUUGACUCAUUUGGGUGGUACCGCGCGCUCUAUGGAUACUCGCGCCCGCGAGUUGAUGUGGACGACGACGACGCAAUGGACCUCGAGCCGGAGGUUGCUCCUGAGGGCGACCUCUCAGUCGAGAUGGUAUCAAAGGUUGUCGUGCCAUACCUCAUUCGCGCGGUAGAGGAAACCUACGACCCCUACUCGGCGAGACAGACGCGCAGGUUACGCGACGUAGUCGAUUUCGUUGGGAUGCUCCUCGGGGAGGAUCAUCGGAAGUAUCAGGCGCUCGUGCGCGCCGUGAGUGACAUUUUCACCUCGACCAUCACCACUCUCGCCCAGGCUGUGGCCGGAGCAGCAGGACCAAUGGCGACCCGAGCACCUCCUUACAACCCUGCGGCACGAAACGCUAUGCGGCGCUUCGUACGACGGCGUAUUAAGCUGAUCUCCAAUCUUGCGCAGUGGCGCCGCCUCGCACCGGACGUCACGGAUCUUAUUGCGAGGGUAGUCAGCCUUACCCUCCGACCCAUCCUCGCGAAGACAUGGGCUGAGGGCGGCGGCGAUGAGAUGGGCGCCAAGGUGCUGGCCAUGGCGCAGGGGCUUCCGCCUAACCUUGUCCAGUUCUUGCAGAGCGGGAGGUGACAACAAUGCAUGUAGCUAUAGCACCGGGCGCGGCCCAACUGACGUAAGCCACUGACUACCUCUGCCUCUCAUCCUCGCUCGUGCUCCUCCUUACCCUCUAGCCCCCCCUUCCCACAUUCUGUCACCGAGAAGAAGGCCUGGGCCCUUGUGCUUGCACUCGUGUCUGGCCGACCUACUCCGCGCGUCCCUUCGGGAUCAUUACGUCGCGGGGUCAAGCCAAUCUCGGAAGAUCAAGCGGCGCAUUUUCUGACCCCGCCUGCUGGCUUCGGCCUUAUUCGUGCAGGGCGGUGGUUCGUUCCGCACCAUACAAUCUGAUACAUGAUGCACCCUGUGCUUGAAGAGGCAGUUCAUUAUAUGCAAUAGGAACAUCUAGAUCAUGGGAUGUUGUACAGUUCC